AUGCGUCUACUCGCGUGGUUCUGGCUUCUAUGCGCGCUAUCCAUAUCCAGCCUUGCCCUACAUGAGUCAGACGUGGGCGUCAUCGACUGGCGCAAGGAGCUCGUUGGUGUCCCCGUGACGCUCUCCCCGGUUACAGCGCCGACGUUUGUACUCAAGGAUGUCGUGGUGACUGCUACGGGGAGUAAUGUUUUGGCGGGGCUGAAUGUGAGGGACGGGUCUGUUGCUUGGAGAUAUAUAUUCGAAGCGGACGAUCCAAUUAUCGGGUUUUAUCCAAACAGACGAGUCGUUGUAACACUCUCCGGCCCAGGCGGCUCAACCCUCCGCAAAUUCGACACCGCAACCGGCGCCCUCCUCAUCGAACGCUCCCUCCACGCUCCCCAGGACGGCCUCCUCGUCCACCCACCUUCCCUCGGAAAGUCCAUCGCAUUCAGCUCAGACUCUCAAGGCCUCUACGUCCUCUCCAACGGCCACACCGUCUCCUUCCUCGAAGGAAACACCGGGUCGACACUGUGGACAUGGUACUCGCCUGACCAGGGAAGUAAGACGAUGUUCUUGAAGGUCGUAGCACGGAAAGACGUAGUCUAUGUAGUGGGAGCUACGAAAGGUGUCGCUUCUCUCUCUUUGAACGUCGUCGUCCUCUCCGCAUCCACCGGCCAACUCCUGCACGACCGCGAAAUACCCUCGGGGAUAACCAACACCCUCACCGACGUCUUCACCUUCUACGAUGCCCACAAAACAACCGAACCUGUCCUCGUAUGGGUCGAAAACACAUCUUUGAAAUCCCUCGUCCUCGACUCCACGCUCUCGAAUAAACCACAUGACGUGAAGACUGCGGAGAAGUUGAUGUACCUCCUCGAUCUGGGAUUGACGAACCACGGGCAGGUUCUGGCUCAACUACCAGACGGCAGCUCGCGCCUCCUCCAGGUAUCCCAAGACGGAACAACCGCCUCGUCCCUAUACGAAUUCGACUCGAAGAGGCUGGGUGUGCUGUUUAACGGCGGAGUGGACGACCAAGGACGACCAUACGUUGCGCGGACGCAUUGGUCGCAGGAUCUUAACACGAUUGUACUGGACGUCGUAAACGCCUCGUCGACGACUGACCAAACACAGACCUACACCGUCCCCUUCGACACUAACAACGAGGGCAUCCUCGACCACAUCGCUUUCACGCUCCCGUCCUCCGGUGCCCCGCACCUGCUUACGACAGCAAGUUCAGGCGCCGUCCAACUCUUCGGCUCACCCUCCUUAACCACAUCAGACUCCAAAUCCCCAUCCACCCCCGACGCUCUAAACCACCACUGGACCCGGCACGAAGCCCUCGCCACCACCACCCUCGCCACCUUCGUCGAACUCCCCGAACCCCUCGUCAUCUCCACCACCGCCGACUUCACCAAAUCCGAAGGAUUCACAGGAAGACUGUUGAGACACGCCGUCGAAGCGCGGGACUUGCCGCGGUAUAUAGUGAAUUUCGUGAGGCGGUUUGUUACUGGUGAUUAUGCGAGUGCGACGUCUGCUGCGGUGGUCAUACCUGGUUCUUCCAUCCCACUUGACGCGGAAGCUGCAACCACUAACACGAACACCAACACAACAAUGACAACGACACCCCAAACAACACCUCUCUUCCGCGACCCCUUCUCCUUCCGCCAAAUCCUCCUAACAUUCACCGCCCCCGGCAAAAUCUACGCUCUGGAUUCUAGCAACGGCGAGAUUGUAUGGACGAGGACACUAGGGCUUGGGAGCGCGUUUUGGAUGGGCGGCAGUGUGAGUGCGAGGAAGGUGUGGGUUGUUAGGGGUGUUAAUGAUGUUGUGGUUGGGGAGGGUGUAGAGGAGGGCAAGGAUAAGGUUAGAGCGGAGGUGGUGUUGGUAGCUGAGCGACGAGCUUCGAACGGCCAAGCUACGACGAUGAUAUACCACUUUAACGCUCUAACGGGGGAGGACGUCUCAGUCCCCUUAUCUUCCUCUGACAAUAGCGAAAACAACGAAGAGACAAGGCGCCCUGCGGCACCCGGCUUCCUCGAAGGCAUCGAAUUGGUCGAAGGACCGUAUACGGAGUCGUUCCUCCUCCCGGAUGGGCGGAGUGUGGUUGUUUUGGACGAGUUCAUGCAGGUGGGUUUCUUGGGUUUUUGUAUUCUUUUUUGGGAGGUUGAGUUGAGAUGGGAUGAAUUUGUUCUCCACAUCUCCUCCACAUUCAUCUCCUCGCUCCAUUCUCACAUCUCCUCGAUUCCAAAUCUUCUUCUUGAUUCCGAGUAACUGACUACCGA